CCUUUUUGGCCGACAAGACUCCGUGUUAUUUCAUUAAGUUAAUAUGAGAAUUUUGAAGGAGAAUCGGGUUUUCAUCCCACAAGAUAGAUUUUAAAAAUGCAUCCAAGCGAGACAUAAUUAUAAUUUCGGGGAAGACGUACAUUUAGUGUGUUAAAAAGUGAUUUCAACAUUGAACAAAUCAUCCUUCAAUAGAUUCUACAUUUUCUUACAGAUAUUCAAAAUUGCACUCUCUAUGCCCUGUUGAUAAAUAACGAUUUAUUUUCGUCAUUCGACCGGUAUAUACAAAAUGGAAUAUUCACUAUAGGAAAAGUUGCGUAAUCUGUCUGUGAAUGACCACGUCAAGAUGACACCACCAUCAGAUAACGUUCAACAAAGAUAACGAUGCAUGAAGUCACAUAAAAUACAAAGGUUUUUUUAAGUGUAAAAGUUCAUAUUUAUACGAGAUUUGCGACAAUUUUUCAUCAUAAUUACCACAUAGACCGAAGGCUUCAAAAUGACGUGCGAUGUAACUGGAUUAACCGAUGCUGAGAAAUCAACUAUCAGAGAUUCUUGGCAGUUGCUGAGCUCAAAGAAAAAGGAUAAUGGGAUGGCAUUAUUCAUGACGUUAUUUUCUUCAUAUCCACAAUCUUUGCAUUAUUUCCAUGAGUUUGACGGGAAAAGUAUUGAGGAACUGCAAGGGAUGUCUGAUAUGAGAGCACAUGCCACGGCAGUUAUGUAUGCUAUGGAUUCUCUAGUAGAUAAUCUAACAGACCCCCAUUGCAUGUUAGGUUUGAUCAAGAAAAUCUCCAGGAACCACAAAGCCCGGAAUAUUGGGAAAAAGGAUUUUGAGGAGCUCCGUGCCCUGUUCGGUGGAUAUCUUGAUAAACAACUAGGAGAUCAAGCAACCAGUGGAAUAAAAGCAGCUUGGGAUAAAUUUUUAACUGUUUUAAAUAACCAAAUCGAGAAGGAUCAAGCUUAACAACGUUGGGGUAUUUUGACUUUGCUUUUGCUUGUGUGCUGCAUUAUACUGAAAAUUGACAUUCGUAUUAAACUUUUGCUCUGCCUCUCUGAAUUGUUGUACAUCAAACCAUAUGGAAUGAUGAAGUCCUGUGUUAAUCAGGUAAAAACUAAAAGUUCCAAAGAGAACUUUUUAUAAAAGCGGACAACUGAACGAAGGGCUGUUGAAUUUAACCGCAUCUUAACCGCUUAUGUUUGCAGAGUGCAAAAUUGCUUCCAGUAUUGUUCGGAAAUCGGGUGUGUGCCAAUGUAAGAGUGUAUUGAAAUCAUCCUUUCAUCCUGAGUCAUGUACAAUUUUAAUAAUAACUACCCCGGAACAACUCGAACAUUGAUGCCUGUUUAUAUAAAAUGAGAAACAUUGAUAAAGCUUGAUGUUUGAGAAGGUUUAAGUAAUGUUCCUCAUUACGACAUAUGUUGACUUGUAUUUCCCAACUCUCUUCGCUGCAAUAUAGAAUCUCAAUGCUCCUCAACCGCUUUGCACGAUAUGUAUGUUUUGUAAAGAUUUUAGAUUAAAUAUUUAAAGGU